AUGGCUUCGCAGUAUACUCAAGUUACCCCUAUCGACCUGGAUAUCGGUUACUACGAUCUUGGAGCCUACAGCUGCAAGAUCAGUACCAACAGCAAAGCGACACAGGCUGCUUUUGACAAAAAAGACCUCGAGCAUAGUGUCAGGGCAUCUUUCCACAUCAGCAAAGAAGCCAAGGUGUACCUAAACUCAGCAGCCCCAUGGGAACAGGCUAUGGUGAAUGCCAUCCAGUUUCGCUUUCCCACGGAAGCCACUUCUACUGACGAUGAUUUCGCUGCGUGUAAUGUCUCCUACGCUGAUGCCAUGAGAGAUGUCUACCAAAAGUUCGGAGCAGAGAAUCUGGACGUCAUUACUCUCUCUGCCGACGCUCUCAUGAACACACGACCCUGGGACCUUUUCGAGAUUCUCGGUCAUGGUCUGAGUCUUCCAGGGGUGAAACACCACCCGGGCAUCUGCCACAUGUACAUUCACUUGAUGGAAAUGUCAGAAACCCCGGAAGCUGCCCUUGUGCCAGCGGACCAUCUUCGCAAUUUGGUCCCGGAUGGUGGCCAUAUGCACCACAUGCCCUCUCAUCUGGAUGUCCUUAUUGGAGACUAUCGCCGCUCGAUCGACUCCAAUAUGAAAGUAACCAUGGCCGAUGACAAGUACUACCGCCACGAGGGCGGACUGAACUUCUACAGCUUUUAUCGAAUUCAUAACUACCACUCUCUGAUCUACGCCGCUAUGAUGGCCGGGCAGUCCAAGGUCGCUCUUGAAUCAAGCGACCGCAUGGAAACUACAAUUACCGAAGAACUACUUCGAAUCAAGUCACCUCCGAUGGUGGACUGGAUGGAGUUUUUCAAAUCAGUACGAUUGCAUGUUAUGAUCCGCUUUGGUCUCUGGGAAGAAAUCAAGAAACUUGCAGUUCCGGAGGAUAAGGAUCUGUAUUGUGUGACUAUUGCUUUUACACAUUAUGCUAAAGGGGUCGCAUAUGCUGCCACUAACAAUCUAACAGCAGCGGAUAAGGAGCGUUCUCUUUAUCAGGAAGCUGCCAGACGCGUGCCUCCCACCAGACUGGACUUUCCGAAUCGGGUUGUGGACGAGUUGAAGGUUGCCACGGCAAUGUUGGAUGGUGAGAUUGAGUACCGACGUGGAAACUACCAAGUCGACUUUGAAAAGCUCCGUGAAGCUGUUUAUAACGAUGAUGACCUCUUGUACAGUGAGCCAUGGGGCUGGAUGCUCCCAGCCAGACACCCUUAUGCAGCUCUUCUUCUUGAACAAGGACAUGUGGAAGAAGCUGCCGCUAUCUAUGCACAAGACCUCGGUCUUGAUGAUAGCUUGAUCCGUGCUCACCAGCAUCGAAAUAAUGUCUGGUCGCUGAGGGGAUACCAUGUGUGUCUGAUGCGUUUGGGGCGGGGUGUCGAAGCCAAUAUUAUUGAAAAACAGUUGAAAACCGCGGCUGCAGUGGCUGAUGUUUCUGUCAUGUCAUCGUGCUUCUGCAAAACCGGCCUCGUCCAGCAAUGA